CAGGGGAAACCGGGAAACCCGAACAUGACAUGCGAUGCAUCCUGCUCGGCACAAGCCAAUUCGCCGAGAAAUUUCCGCCUGCUUGUCUGCCUGAUUGCUUGCUUGACUGCUUCAGCGCCGGCAUACUCGUCGAACUCCGUGCCGCGCAGACAGGGGGAGGCUGCUGGAGAAAUCAGUCGCAGGCCCAAGGCGCUCACCUCCUCGAACCACAGUAAGUGUACAUACGUGCGUGCGUGCUUUACUCGCUGGGCCCGGCCGGAAAGCUCGUCGGUCGAGCGAGCGUAGCCUGGCCCGCGCGCCCCCAGCUCAGAGUUUUUCCAUCCGGGGGGUG